AGUGAAGUCAGAAAGAGACAGCUGAUGAAUUAAGAAGCAUUUUGUAUUAAUAUUAUUCUCAUGUAUCGCGGUCUAGAUAUUUUAAUACGACUCCAAAACGCUCUCUUUAUUCCGUUCAAACGCUGUUCACUUUUUCGCGUCGGUUUUUUCUUUUCUAUAUAAGAAAGAAACCCCUCGUUCCUUCUCCUUCUCCUUCUCCUUCUCCUUCUCCUUCUAUUCAUUCUCCACUCUCUCUUCGUUUUACUGUGCUCCGCAUUUUUCUCUCCCGCUUUUGCUUCUCGCAGUUAACAGCAUAAAGUAAAGUUGUCAAGUCAAGAUGGAAAACGGGCAUAAAUUCCAGGAAGUUUCCAACCCAAAAUAUGAUUGUCUCUUGUUUGAUAUUGAUGACACACUUUAUCCUUUGAGUUCUGGAAUUUCAGCGCAAACAGCAAAAAAUAUUGAAGAGUAUAUGCUUCAAAAGCUUGGAAUGGAGGCUGCUACGGUUCCUGAAUUGUGCUAUUCAUUAUACAAGACUUAUGGGACAACAAUGGCUGGUCUUAGGGCAAUUGGCUACGACUUUGACUACAACGACUUUCAUAGUUUUGUUCAUGGGAGAUUGCCAUAUAAUCUACUUAAACCAGACCCUGUUCUCAAGGGCAUUUUGCAAAGCUUGCCUUUUAGGAAAGUGCUUUUUACCAAUGCAGACAUGGGACAUGCGAGUAGAGUGCUUAAAAGACUUGGACUCGAGGACUGUUUUGAAAGAAUUAUUAGCUUUGAUACCCUGAAUUCCUCUGACAGCAUCAUCCCUUCUAAUGAAAAAGUUGGCAGUGAAAUUUUUGAUUUCUGUGAGUACACACGCCGUCCUGAUUCUGAUACGGUGCUUCCAAAGACACCAGUUGUCUGCAAACCUUUUGAAGAUGCAUUUGAAAAGGCAUUCAAGUUGGCUGACAUUGACCCUCAAAGAACAUUGUUCUUCGAUGACAGUAUCCGCAAUUUACAGACAGCUAAUCGUUUGGGCCUCCAUACAGUUGCGGUUGGUACAUCCGUGCGCAGUACAGGAGUGGAUCAUGCAUUAGAGAGUAUUCAUAAUAUCAGAGAGGCAUUUCCAGAGCUAUGGGAAGUCGACGAGAAGCAUGAAAUCGUCAACUACAAGGUUGCAAUUGAAACAACAGUAAAAGCAUAGAUCAGAAGUUUAUCCACUAUGAUUUGUUUGUGGCGGUGUCUUUUAGUAUGUUGGUAAAAGAAUAGCUCACAAGCUUAUCCACUAUGAUUUGUUUGUGGUGUCUUUAGUAUUUUGGUACCUAUGUAAUUUAUUAUAUUGAUAUGUGAAUCUUAAUCUUAAUUCUUAGUUAUUGCAUUUAUAUGUGAAUCUUAAUUCUUAGCUUCAAAUUUGAAAACAAUGUGAUUUAUCACCCCAACCGUAUCUCUUAUACUAUGUAAUUCCUUAAGGCAUUCUGCUUCAAAAAAGGCGUUGUUUUGGUGCUCUUAA